AUGGCUACCGAAGUCCCAGAAGCCAUAGUGGAUUUGGUGGCAAAAGAGAUAGAACUCACACAGUUAUUGACAUCAAAUGAUCCUAAAACUAGAAGUGAUGGUAUCAAACAAAUUAAACAACUGUUACAUGAACAUUCUGAAGAUACAAGUGAUGCAUUUCAAUUGAAUGAUUAUUUGAUUAUAUGGAGAGGAUUAUUUAACUUUAUGUGGACGUCUGAUAAACCAGUACCUCAAGAAAGUGUUACUGAAGAGUUAAGUUAUCUUAUCCAUAGUUGCACUUCUUACCAAAGUAAAAUAUUUUUUUUGGAUGCAUUUUUUCUUACUAUCAAAGAUAAUUGGAUGUCAAUAAAAUGGCACCGUACCAAUACAUGUAUGAUGUGGGUGAGGCAUUGUUUAAGACAAUUACUAUUUACCUUUGUGAACUGUGAUUGGAACUUGGAGUACAUGAAUAAAUUUAGUGAGAUUCUGUAUAGAGCCCUCAAAUCGUUCACUCCUAGUUUGAAAACUGAUUUACAAGUAAUUUUCUUGGAAGAACUUGCUAAAGUAAGUAGAGGAAAAGUGCCUUCUGAAGCAUUGGUCAUUAUUUUAGAUUCAUUCCUACAUUACAUUUCUGAGCUCAACGAUUUAAUGUUAAUCAGAGAAGUUACCCAAAAUGUAUUUAGAAAUCUUCUAUCUCCAUCGCCUGAUUUGGAGAAAUUAACAGCUAAGUUUCAAGCUUCUCAAAAAAUCGUUGAUCCAGUCAAUUUAAAUAAUGAAUUAGAAUCAGUUGAAGGUGAUGUAACAAAUGAAAAUUCUAAUGAAAAAAAUGAUAAUCCAUUAGAUCUUCAAGCUGGAAAUGUAAGUGUUGAAAUACCUCGCAUCAACUUCAAUCCUAAAGACGUCACAAAGGUUUUGAAUAAAUAUUUAACAGAAGUUGAUUGUACCAGAAAGUGUUUAUGGGAAAUAACUAAAUUAACACAAUUUUAUAAUCGUUUGGGGGAUUGUAUACUACCUAAUAGGCCAAACGACUUGAAAUUAAAUACCCAAGUAUUAAAGCAGAAAAAGAAAAAAUAUUCAUCUAAAAUGGUAAAAGACGGAGUUAAAAGGUUAGAAAUGGUUGAUUCGAAGAUUAAAAAAAGUGGCCUUGAAGUUCUAGACCAUAAAAGUCUUAAAGAACUUAAUAAGAUGGGUGAUAUAGUAGUAGAUCGUGGAAAAAUCGGAAAAUCCAUGUGGAAAGUAAGACAUUUUGAUAAUGUCAAUACAUUAAAAGAGAAUUUCAAUUUAAAUGGGUCAUGGACAGUAUCAACAAUAAUCAAUGGCAUCAACACCUUGCGUAUUAAUAAUGAUAAGCCGCCAAUUUUGGUACCUCCUGCAUUUAAAGUUGAAGCUUCGGUGUUUCAAGAAAAAACACCAAAAAAAAUCCAGAAGAAAGUUUCUUUAACCCCAAAUUUCAAAUAUUUAACAUUUAAUCCAUCUCUUAAAGAAAUUAAUUCUAAUAAAUGUAAAAGCAGAAGUAAAAUUACAAAAAUUAAUGAUAGAUCAAAAAAUAAAAAAAAUAAAAAACAAAAUUCUCGUUUCAUUCAGAUUGAUACACCUAAUUCUAUUAAUGCAUGCAAUAAAAACAGUUUGUCAUUAUCUGCAGACCAUGGAGUGUCUGCGACUAAAAAGUUUAAAAACAGCAUAGAGGCUGAAAAAUCAGUACAAUCAGUAAAUACAUCACCUUUUAUUAAGAAACUUUUUACACAAGAUAAUGAAAAUGAGGAAAAAAAUAAAAUUGAAGAUGACCUAACACUUCAGGCUCCUGCUGGAUAUAAUGUUGAAGUUCCAGAGACUCCAGAAAAUAUACUGACAAAACUUCAGAAAAAGGAUUCUUUAACCCCAAGUUUAACAUGUCCAUCAAAUGAUUCAUCUAUAAGAGAACUUAAUAAGAUGGGUGAAAUAGUAGUAAAAAGUGGAAAAAUUGGAAAAUCCAUAUGGAAAGUAAGAGAGUCUAAUAAGAUCAAUACAUUAAAAGAGAAUAUCAAUUUAAAUAGGUCAUGGACAGUAUCAAAAGACACAACAAUUGAUGGAACUAACACUGUGUGUAUUAAUAAUAGCAAACAGCCACUCUUCGUACCUGUUGGAUUUAAUGUUGAAGUCUUAAAAACUCCAGAAAAAAAACUAACAAAACUUCAGAAAAAGAAUUCUUUAACCCCAAGUUUAACGUGUCCAUCAGUUGAUUCAUCUAUAAAAGAACAUAAUAAGUUGGGUGAAAUAGUAGUAGAACGUAGAAAAAUAUUAAAACCCAUGUGGAAAGUAAGAAAUGUUGAUAAUAUUCGUACUAUAAAAGGGAAUUUAGUUUAA